AUCAAAUCGUAUAUGGCGUUUCAAUGAUAUUACCUUCCCUACCUUGACCAUAUUGGACAGAAUGACAUACAAAGCGAUCGUGGUACGAAAAUAAUACACAAAAGGUAAAUAAAGUAAAACGACACUUUCAACUUCAUACGAUAGGCCUUAUCGAUUAAGUCUUGCCUAGGUCGGUGCGUUCCAUGCAGAAUUACUCACGGUGCUUAUAAGAACGUCCAGCAACGUCCAGACAACAUGCCAAUCAAUACGCGGGAAUUACUGGAUGCUGUGGCCAUUCUCACCGACAAACAGUCGAUGCGUGUUACGCUUAAAAGUAGCGCAAAAGGUGCAACCGUUGCAGGAUCGUCCACAUUUGUCGGCGGUUUGCUGGCGGGUCCAGUCGGGUUGUUUGUCGGCGGUGCCGUUGGUGGCCUGAUCGCUUACGUUAUGACGAACAAUCAGUUCAAACCGGUAAGCCACAUCAUUCGACACGAUCUCACGGUGCAGGAGCAGGAGCAGCUAAAACAGCGGAUAGUCGAAGCGUUAUCAGAAUUCCAUCCGACGGAUCUUAUGGUUAUUUUACCGUUGCUCACCGGCAACCUUUCCGCACAGCAAACGGUCGUUGCGACUGUAGUAUCGUUUUUGACUAAUGAAAUGCGUAUGCAAAUCAUUGACUGACGGUGUAAAUUGCGGUAAUCACAGGCUCUUAGUUUGGUGCGUAUAAUGUAAGAUAAGUUUGCCACUAAUUCACAUAGUGCCUUUCGCGUUGUUUAGUCUUACAAGAUUAAAGUUAUAAUAUUGUGAUGGGAUGGUAUAAAAUACGUAAAUAGAACAAAACGCAGUGGGUUUUACAUUGAAUAAAGGUUUGUUUUUUUUU